AUGGCCUCUCGGAAGUGCGUGGGAUUGGUCGGGUGCCGAAUAUGUGACCUCUUUUUGGCCAAUGAAACGUGUAGAUUCAAAAUAGCAAUCUUGCACCAUGAAACGGAAAGCACCGUUUUUGGCCCAAGCAGCGGGGUCGAGCAUGGACACGCUGGUCGACCUCGUCGAGAGGAUAUGGGCAGCGGUCCUCGCCGUCUGCUGCUACCUCCCGCCGGAAGAGGUCCCGAUGCUCGACGCGACGCCCCAGCCCCUCGCCCGGCGACUGGACUGUCCGCGCCUCGUCAUGAUGGUCGACGACCACCCGCUUCGCGUCAACACGGGCGAUGGCGUCACGGGCGUGGACCACGUCCGGCACGUGCUCGAGAGCCUACACGCAGGCGUCGGUGCCGACGAAGUCGCCGUGACCCGCGACGGCGGCCAGUGGCUUGCGACCGUGCGAGCGACGCUCGAUGCGUUCGUGUCCCAGGGUGACGAUGGCUCCGGUCACCGCGCCGUCUGCGAGCGCGUGUACACGUCGCUUCGACGCCGCCUCAAGGCCCGCGACAUUGCGCUCCGCGGUCUCUGGCGCGUUUGGCUCGAGAAGGAGUUCCGAUGCCUCUUUGCGGGCCUUCGCCUCAAGCACGCAAGCGCCAAAAAGUGCUUGGUGCUCGACCUCGACCGGACUCUGUGGUUCCGCUCGUUCGAGCCGAUCCCGAACGCCGACUUUGUCGCUGUUUUGCGCAUGACGUAUUCCAAGCUGCAAACCACCAUCUACGUCUCGCUCCGGCCGGGCGUCCACUACUUGCUCCAGACGCUCGCUAUUUACUACGACCUCGUCGUCUUUACCGCGAGCGACAAGAAGUUUACGGACCUUCUCAUUGAUGAAAUGGACACAAAAGCUAACAUUCAAUACCGCCUGUACCGAGACGCGUGCUCGCUGCACGAAGAGGUGGGUACUUUGAUUUCAUAUCUGCAAGCUCCGACUCGUCGUAUGUACUAGCGCGGUCACUUGAUCAAAGACCUCACGCAGCUUGGCCGGGACCUCAAGGACGUUGUUCUCAUCGACGACACGGCCGAAGUCGCCGCCAAGCACCCGGCCAACGCCCUCAUUUGCUCCGAGUAUCGCGGGAGCAAAACCGACAUUGAGCUCUACAAGAUCACGAUGGCGCUCGAGCGACUCGCAUACGUCGAGGAUGUUCGCAAUCACUUGAAGCAUUUACCGUCCAUUCUGCGGACCAUGGAUGUGGCCAACCCCGUGGCCUAAAGCGCGUCACGACAAUGAUUGCUGCAUGUAGCAGAGGCAUGUUUAUGUAUCUCGUACUGCGUUUGAUCAAGACAUAUUACAUUUGAAAACCUUUAUUUUGAUAUUCCAAUGCAUCUUGCGCCGUAUUCUACUGCUGGUGGCGAAGCAGCCGCAA